AUGUGGAUCCUAUCGUUCUGGAUUUUCCCCGUGAUAUCUGGGUGCAUGUGGUUAGCGACGUUGAUAGCCAUGAUGGGGACCUGGGCGGCGGACGGAAAACCAAGGUAUAUUACCAUGGACGAUGGGCUCACCAUUCCUUACAUUUCCCAUAUCGGAGCCGAAGGACUCAAACCGCUGUUCAUUACCGGCAGUGCAGUAACAGUUGUGUUCAUGGAUCUCGGUCUUCUCUCUGAGCGUUGGCUUCGCCAUGCCGGUCAACUUGCCCGAAACAAAGGGAAAUUCGACAAGGCCUGUGCUGUUGGAUCGAUCUUUUUUUCCAUCACUGGGGCCGUAGGUCUCAUUCUUCUGUCCAUCUUCGAUACGAAAAAUCACCAUAACCUCCACAACGGGUUUUUGGGCAUGUUCAUAGCGAGUUAUGUGGUCUGCGCUCUCCUGGUGUGUCUGGAAUACAUCCAGAUCGGCCGAUUCUACCACCCACAAGCCCGUAUCUUGUUAGUUAGCUUUGGCAUUAAAGCUUCUUUCGUCGUUUGUGAACUUGCUGUCGCGAUUGCAUUUGGCGUAUGCAUGAGAAAGGGAAAUAAGCAGAAUGCAGCAGCUGUGUUGGAAUGGGUUGCCGCCUAUAUAUUCGAUUUCUUUGUAUUUUCUUUCGUCAUUGACCUCCUACCGUCUGUCCGUACGAAAAGACGAGUUCCUCAGGGUGAAAAGUAUACUCGACCAGGUGUGGAGGAUCGCCCAAUCGACUUUUAG